CGGCACGCCAGAUCCAUGGUUCAACCGGAGGAACGCCUAGCGCGAUGGAAAACAGCCACAUACUAAUCGCUUCAAGCGUCUGAUUUUCUAUAGCCUUGGAACUCAUGUCAUAUAUGUCGCCGACGACAUCUUCUCAUCCUUUUCAUUCUGACGCCUGGGCACGAUGAAGCCAGAGUUGCGAGAGACGUGGACGCCCGCAAUCAACGUUCUAACAUGGUUUAUGCUGGUCACUUCCAUACUGAGUGUCUUUACCCGGCUAGGCACAAAGUACUGGAUCUUUCGCAAGUUGACAGUCGACGAUUUUCUUAGCAUCGCUGCUCUAUUGGCAUGUGUCGGUCAGUCUAUUGCAGUAUCUGUGGCCACCGAGGGUGGGCUUGGACAGCAUUUUCUUCCCUUGGCGGCAUCUGAUGUGGAAAAGAUGAUGAAGUCUCAAUACGCUGCAAACAUCCUCUUCGUUAUCGGCAUGUGCUGCUCAAAACUCGCCCUAAUGAUGUUCAUUCGCAAUCUAUCACCUGCGUCCCUCGAUCGGCAGUUCGCUCUCAGCUUGGGGAUGUUCAUCAUUCUAUGGGCAAUUACUGGCGUCUUUACGGCAGCGUUUCAGUGUCAUGUUCCCGCUACUUGGGAUUACAUCAAUGGCGAAUGCUUUGAUUUGGUCGCAUGGUGGAACUACCUCGGUGUCACUAACAUUAUAUCGGAAGCGGGAAUCAUUGCGCAGGCACUGUUGGUCAUUAUCCGAGUCCAGGCAGAUAUGCACAAGAAGAUUGUUCUUUCCAGCGUCUUUCUAUUUCGAGUUGUCGUGGUGAUUGCCAUUAUCUGUCAGCUAGCCUACGCGAAAGACACGAAAGGAUCGGGAGACCCAUCAUGGGAUACAUGGACUGUGGUAGUUUCAACUCAAAUGACUCAGGCAUUGAGUAUCGUCACUGCCUGUUCUCCUCAAUUCAAACCUUUUCUCGACAGCCUUCGGUCAUCGGGAAUGAGUUUGGGAGGAACCAGCUAUGGGAGCAGACAAAGGACUUAUGCCGGAACCACCUACAAAGUAUCCCGUGGCCAUCGCACGGGAGAGACUCCGAGCGAAACACAUGAGCUUGUUACUAUGCCGGGAGAUACUGUCAACCAGACUAUCGUGACUUCCUCGCCAGACUGUGACGCCGAGAGUCAGACGAGCCAGUCGCAAAUUAUUCGGGAGGUCCGAACAUGGACUGUGACUGAGACCCGACGGGAAUAUGGCUAGAAUAGGUCAAUGUUUAAUUUAGAUCCAAUUUGAUUCAAUUUGUAUGUACGUAAUAAAUCAGCACGGAAAGGGGAUUUGGAAGGAUGCGACUAAGAGGACGUAGUACGUGUGCGAUAUGAACUACUAAACAGUGCAACGAAACUAAGCAAGCCGAGGAGAAGGACGAGA